AUGGCACUUCACGAUGGUGUAUCUUUAGGACAAUUAGAUUAUCGCAGAGUACUUCAACUUGCAUAUUGUUUAGCGAAAUUCACCUCUAAGGGAGACGUUGUUCCUAUCUGGCAGGACACCAAAGAUAAUCCUGAUGGAAGAGAUGAGCAUGCAAAGAAAGCUUUCGCAAACUCGCUAGUCAUUUCCGAGUAUUUGAAUAAAGGAGCUGAAUGGGUCAAGUUUAAAAAGUCUGUCGUGGAGAGAAUGCGACAACCACCGUUCAACUGUAUAAAAGAGUGCUCAGAUCCUGCAUACAGCGUGGCUUCCGACUACUGCACUCAUCUAUAUAACCUUGUGAUUAUGUACGCAACUGCUCUUAAUCGCACCAUCAAGGAAGAUGCUGCACAAGUCCGAAACGGAACAAGGAUUUUGAUCAAUCUCGCUGGGGAUUAUCCAGGGAUUCUCGUGAAUCGCACCGUCGAGGCAACCAUGGUCAUCCCAAAGUUGCAGAUGGAGAAUAUAGACAGCAAAGGAAGUGUUCGUACACUAAUGAUGAUUGUGGUGGGCAGGACUACGAAAAACCUGACUGUGAUGGCCGAUCCCGCUGUGAUUUGGUCAAACUACGGUGGGAAAAAACCUCUCUCAGAACCAGUCUGUGGAUUCAGCGGUAAGGAACAGUACUAUAUUAUCAUUGUUAAACAUUCCAAGCUCUUUUUCAACUUGAGUUCGGUUCCGACUUCUACCUUCGACAUGCAGUACCGUCACUAGCG